AUGAAGCGCGAGUACAUCCCGAUCGAAUCCCUGCCAGCUUGGCAGCGGCUCAACGGGAUCGUCGUCCAAGGCAUCGCAGUUCAUAAGUUUGGAUCAGAUCAACAUGGCGCAGACAAAGGCAGUGCCCUCAUCGCAACGGAAGCGCAGAUGAGCAGCGAGAACGAUGCUAAACCAAAUAUCCUCCUACAAGUUCCCUCAGAAUUGGUUUUAUCCCUGGAGACAGUCCAGGACCAUGCCAAAACUGACAAGUACUUGCGCAACGUGUUGGAGACAAUCGGCGACUUUGGAAGGACAGCUAGAGGAGCAAUCCUAAUAUUCUUACUCAUUCAACUGUCCCAUAGCAGCCCCGAUCUGCGCUCAGCACAAGAGACCAUCGGUAUCUCCAAUCCCUGGACCGAAUACGUGAAGUUCCUGCCUCCAUCGUUCCCCCUGCCUACCUUAUAUACUGCCGACGAACGAGAGCUGCUUCGAGGCACAUCGCUUGAGGAAGCUUUGGAUGCGAAGGUCGCAUCCCUUGAGCGGGAGUUUGAACAGCUCCGCCAGGCUACGGAGGGUAUCGCGUGGUGCCAGCGGAGCUGGUGGGAUGAGAAAACUGGCACACUGACAAUUGAUGAUUGGAAAUAUGUCGACGCUGCUUAUCGGUCACGCAUGUUGGACCUACCUAGCAGUGGCCUGGCAAUGGUGCCUUGUAUUGAUAUGGCCAAUCAUGCCUCCGGUGAUGGGGUCAAGGCGCUGUACGAUGCAGACUCAGAGGGAAACGCAGUUCUUCAGUUACGAUGGGGCAAAACUCUCCAGCCCGGAGAAGAAGUUACGAUUUCGUACGGAGAUGAAAAGCCCGCAUCUGAAAUGAUAUUUUCCUACGGAUUCCUCGAAAGCGGCGUGACGGGCGCACGAGAAAUAUUCCUCAAUCUAGAUAUUCCCGAGGAUGACCCUCUCGGCCUCGCAAAGAAGAUGUUCUGCCGAAACAAUUCGGGAGUUCGAAUUUCGGCUGCUGAGGGCUCCGAAGGAAUAACAUGGGAGAGUGAGCUUGCGUGGAUAGCAUGCGUGAACGAAGAAGACGGGCUUCACUUCGGGAUCGCACAGACAACCGACGGCGGUAGGGAGCUGGAAACGACCUGGAAAGGCGAAAAGAUCCAAUCAGCCACUCGUCUCCGCGAGCUUCUCGCUGUUGAUCCCUUAUGGGAGAUCUUUCAGCUACGCGCUGCGGUGUUGCUUCUCGAACGGCUUGAGACUCAGCUCGGGCUUCUCCAGGAGACUGACGAGGCUAUCUCGAACGUGCAAGAAGACAAAGCGGCUUUGGAUUCUAUGUUCCGACCUGGGAUCUUCAGCUCAAUUGCCCAAUUCCGGGCCUUGGAAGGGGAGCUGCUGGGGAAGGCGGUGGAGGAAUUAAUAAAACAGGUAAGUGAUCUGUGUCGAGCGUCUCAAGGGGCCGUCUCCUUUCUCAUUUCCCGCAACUGA